AUACAAAACAAGAGAAUUCCUUCGAGCUCCAAUUAAAAAUGUUCUAGCCCGCUUCGUGGUCCAUUCCAAGAGACAAAAUUGAUGAAAAUACACAAGUGCAGACAUGGCUCAAGGCAUGAGUGACAUAUCUCGUAGGAAUCCGCAGGAUUUUUACGAAUUAGUGCAAAAAAUUGGGUCUGGCACUUAUGGCGAUGUUUACAAGGCGAAAAAAAUUGGCACGAAUGAUUUUGCGGCGAUCAAAGUCAUCAAGCUCGAGCCUGGCGAUGACAUUCAAAUAAUUCAACAGGAAAUCGUAAUGAUGCGAGAUUGUCGUCAUCCCAACAUUAUCAUGUACUACGGAUCGUACUUGAGACGCGACAAACUAUGGAUUUGUAUGGAAUACUGUGGCGGAGGGAGUUUACAGGACAUUUAUCAAGUUACUGGUCCACUGUCGGAACUCCAGAUUGCCUACAUGUGUCGCGAAACGCUCAUGGGACUGCAUUAUUUGCAUUCCAUGGGCAAAAUGCAUCGAGAUAUCAAGGGAGCGAAUAUUCUCUUGACCGAAAGUGGCGACGUUAAACUCGCAGACUUUGGUGUCUCGGCACAAAUUACCGCAACAAUUAACAAACGAAGGAGUUUCAUUGGCACACCCUACUGGAUGGCGCCUGAAGUUGCUGCGGUUGAACGAAAAGGCGGUUACAACCAACUUUGUGACAUUUGGGCUGUUGGAAUUACAGCAAUUGAAUUGGCUGAACUCCAACCACCCAUGUUCGACUUACAUCCAAUGCGAGCACUCUUUUUGAUGUCAAAAAGUGGCUUCAAGCCGCCCUCGUUGAAAGACAAGGACAAAUACAGUCCCACGUUCAAUAGCUUUAUCAAAACCGCACUCACAAAAAAUCCCAAAAAACGACCAACGGCGGAUCGUUUGCUGCAACAUGCCCUUUUCCAGAACGACAUGUCAAUUAGACUCGCAUUAGAUUUGCUGCAAAAGUACCAUAGUCCGCAUCAGCAUUACGUGGAGCCGCCUGACGACGAUCUUGACAUCGCGAUCGCUAAUGGCCCGCAACGGAUACCAAGCAAAAUGACUUCUUCAACAAGCAAUAUGAAUUACAAUGAAUCAACAUCACAGAACGAUAGAUCAAUUAGUCCGGAUACUAUGCCAAGUGAUAUGAGUUUAUUACAAUAUAUUGACGAGGAAUUAAAACUAAGAGCUACUCUACCAUUGUCGAUGAAUGAUCUGAUAUCGCAGGAUUGUUCAUGCAAUCAUUUGCCAAACAACAUGAAUAACAGAGCAGCAGGUUCGAAUUACGGAAAUGAUGUGACGGAAAAUUUGAAUGUGUAUGAUAACAAUGGCGAAGUAACUACAAGGAACGGAGUUUCUGAAGAGUCACCAAAGCGACACAACUCAAUGGAUCAAAUUAUGGGACUGCUAAAUGAGAUGGGCAAAUCCAAUAAUCGGCAACGGAGUUUGAGCGAUGGCGAUCAUGAUGAUCCGUCACAACCUGACCUCUUGAACAACACACCCCCCAUUCCGCCCAAACGCAAUCACCGUAGACGUCAUACGCCGCCUCGACCUGUCGCCAAUGGCUUACCGCCUACCCCAAAAGUCCACAUGGGAGCCUGUUUCUCCAAAGUAUUCAACGGUUGUCCACUCACAAUUAAUUGCACGGCAUCCUGGAUUCAUCCCGAGACGCGCGAUCAACAUUUGCUGAUUGGCGCCGAAGAGGGCAUUUUCACAUUGAACAUGAACGAGUUGCACGAAGCCGAAAUUGUUCAAAUUUAUCCGCGACGAACCACUUGGUUGUACGUAAUUAAGGAUUUUGUCAUGAGUCUUUCAGGCAAGACCCCUCAAUUGUAUCGACAUGAUUUAAUAGCAAUACAUUCAAAGCAAACGCACAGAUUUUCACUCCAUAUGAAGAAAAUUCCCGAGAAACUUGUUCCGAGGAAGUUUGCGCUCACAACAAAAGUGCCAGAUACGAAAGGAUGCAGUCAAUGUUGUGUCACACGAAACCCCUAUAAUGGUUACAAAUAUUUGUGUGGCGCGUUACCAAGUGGCAUUUUUCUGAUGCAAUGGUAUGAUCCGCUGAACAAAUUUAUGUUGCUAAAGACUUGUGAUUGGCCAGCGGCAUUAAGUCCCAACGGCGGUGGCGUGAAUCCCUCAAUUGCUCACGAUCCAUCGAAAAAUAGCGUUUUUGAGUUGGUAAUUACGCCAGAACUGGAAUAUCCGAUCAUUUGUGUGGGCGUACGGAAAAACUAUCAAGGCGGAUUGAAGUUAGAUUUGAUCAAUACCAAUAGCACUACAAGUUGGUUCAAUCCAGAUGAGGAAGUUGAUGGAACAGCAACGAUGGUUCCUCGACGGGAACUUGUCAAUACAAUUAAAGUCCAUCAGAUGGAUAAAGAUGCCAUUCUUGUAUGCUACAACAGCGUGGUUCAAAUUGUAAAUCUACAAGGACAACCAAAACAUAGCAAAAAAUUUAUAUCCCAGAUCAAUUUUGAUUUCAAAAUUGAGAGUAUUGUUUGCUUACCUGACAGCGUAUUAGCCUUCCACAAACACGGCAUGCAAGGAAGGUCUCUUCGGAACGGAGAGAUUACACAAAACAUUACCGAUACUAGUCGACUUUACAAAUUAUUAGGCAGUGAUAAAGUGGUUAUGCUUGAAAGUAAAUUAAUGACCCGCAAUGCUCAAGCAUCAUCGAGCACCGAUGAAGGUCAUGAUUUGUAUAUUCUGGCAGGACACGAAGCUAGUUACUAAAGUGCGUACUAUUUUUAUUAUAA